GGCGCCAUGGCUACCGGAGCGAACGCCACCCCGCUGGGCUUCCCAGGUAAGAAGCGGAAGAGGAGCCGCUGGGAUCAAGACACAAUGGAACAGAAAACGGUGAUUCCAGGAAUGCCUACGGUGAUCCCCCCUGGAGUUACUCGGGAACAAGAGAGAGCUUAUAUAGUGCAACUGCAGAUAGAAGACCUGACUCGUAAACUGCGGACAGGAGACCUGGGCAUCCCCGCUAACCCUGAGGACAGGUCCCCUUCCCCGGAGCCCAUCUACAAUAGCGAGGGGAAGCGGCUUAACACCCGCGAGUUCCGCACGUGCAAGACGCUGGAAGAGGAGCGGCAUAACCUCAUCACAGAAAUGGUUGCUCUCAACCCUGACUUCAAGCCACCUGCAGAUUACAAACCUGCAACGCGUGUGAGCGAUAAAGUAAUGAUUCCACAAGAUGAGUAUCCAGAAAUCAACUUUAUAGGGCUGCUAAUUGGGCCCAGAGGGAACACAUUGAAGAACAUAGAGAAGGAGUGUAAUGCGAAGAUCAUGAUCCGAGGGAAAGGGUCUGUGAAAGAAGGGAAAGUCGGGCACAAAGAUGGCCAGAUGUUGUCAGGAGAAGACGAGCCACUUCAUGCCCUGGUUACCGCCAACGCCAUGGAGAAUGUGAAGAAAGCAGUAGAGCAGAUAAGAAACAUCUUGAAGCAAGGGAUUGAGACCCCUGAGGACCAGAAUGACCUUCGGAAGAUGCAACUUCGGGAGUUGGCUCGCUUGAAUGGGACCUUUAGGGAAGAUGAUAACCAGAUCUUAAGACCCUGGCAGAGCUCAGAGACCCGUAGCAUUACCAAUACUACAGUGUGUACCAAGUGUGGAGGGGCUGGCCACAUUGCUUCUGACUGCAAAUUCCAAAGGCCUGGUGACCCGCAGUCAGCUCAGGAUAAAGCUCGGAUGGAUAAAGAAUAUUUGUCCCUUAUGGCUGAACUGGGUGAAGCUCCUGUGCCAGCAUCUGUGGGCUCCACCUCUGUGCCUGCCAGCACACCUCUGGCCAGUGCACCUCGGCCUGCUGCUCCCGCCAACAACCCACCUCCACCGUCUCUCAUGUCUGCCACCCAGAGCCGCCCACCCUGGAUGAAUUCUGGCCCUUCAGAGAGUCGGCGCUACCACGGCAUGCACGGAGGUGGGCCUGGAGGCGGCCCCCACAGCUUCCCACACCCAUUACCCAGCCUCACAGGUGGGCAUGGUGGGCAUCCUAUGCAGCACAACCCUAAUGGACCUCUACCUCCUUGGAUGCAGCCACCACCACCACCGAUGAGCCAGGGCCCCCAACCACCUGGGCACCAUGGCCCUCCUCCGAUGGAUCAGUACCUGGGAAGUACCUCUGGGGUCUAUCGCCUGCAUCAAGGAAAUGGCAUGAUGCCGCCACCGCCGCCGCCGCCACCCAGUGGGCAACCUCCUCCCCCGCCUACUGGUCCUCUUCCUCCAUGGCAACAGCAGCAGCAGCAGCCUCCACCACCCCCUCCGCCCAGCAGCAGUAUGGCUUCCAGUACCCCCUUGCCAUGGCAGCAAAGAUCCCUCCCCACAGCAGCGAUGGCCUGAGCCAUGAGAGUAAGGACUUUCCACGUCCAUUGGUGACCCUUCCAGGCAGACAGCCUCAGCAGCGCCCCUGGUGGACAGGAUGGUUCGGCAAAGCAGCCUGAGUUAUUUUUG